AUGGCUCCGUUGCAGCAGCAGCAGCAGCAGCAGCAGCAGCAGCAGCAGCCAUACUCACUAGCAAGAAGCAAAGGAGCCCCAGCCACGUUGCCUGUUCCUUUCUCUCCCCUAUAUUUGGUAUGGCAGGGUCAAAAAGAACAAAACUUGGGCAAUCUUGGAUGCCGGGUCUCCCAUUUUCAUCGCAUAGACACCUCUACUGCAAAGAAGGUCAACGUACCUAAAACCCGGAGGACUUUCUGUAAGAAAUGUGGCAAGCAUCAGCCUCACAAAUUGACCCAGUAUAAGAAGGGCAAGGAUUCCCUGUAUGCCCAAGGAAAGCGGUGCUACGAUCAGAAGCAGAGUGGUUACAGCGGGCAGACAAAGCCAGUUUUCCAAAAGAAGGCCAAAACUACAAAGAAGAUUGUGCUCAGGCUUGAGUGUGUCGAGCCCAACUGCAGAUCCAAGAGGAUGCUGGCCAUUAAGAGAUACAAGCAUUUUGAACUGGGAGGAGACAAGAAGAGAAAGGGCCAAGUGAUCCAGUUCUAAAACUUGUGUUUUCUGAGAGGAAAAUACUGAAGCAGUGGGAAAAUUACCUGU